GGAAGUAGUAUGUGUGCGAGGAAAGCACGAGGUCACAUGAUAAUGGCAGCUCUAUGAAUGGACCUAGAUUGGUGAGAUGAAUUAACCAAAUACUACUUACAGAUGGAACGUCAUAACUAAAACCACAGAUAAAUCGAUAAAUUCAACUAUUGAGCAAGUAUAUGCGCAGCAUACAGCAAUAUCAACAAUGCUUCCGCAGCAAAUUAACAGCAUUGGCAAUGAAUUUGAUGAUGAUGCUGCUUUGCAUGGUGACUUAGAUAAAAAUCCCAGUCCCAAUAAAGAGGCACGUUGUGUCAUGGAAUCUAAUGAAACGCCAUCAGCUCAUAAUUCCGCAUCUACGACACCACCAAUCAUGAAGAGGAAGCUCCCCGGUAAACAGGAACAGGUGAAAUCCAGACUGCUGGAGAUGGCGGAAGCGGAACAUGCUGCAAAGAUGCGUGUAUAUCAAUUAAAAGAAGAUAUUCUCAUUCUUAAAAAGCGUAAGCUAGAAGAAUCUCUGUCUAUCAGUACUGAAACAAAUAGACCUAGCACAAGUAACAGUGUUUGUUCUGCAUGAAGACCAUUUUAAUAUUGUUUGUCUCCAUACGCCAAAUAUCAAAAUAAAAUACAUUCAUACUAGU